GAGAAAGGCCACUCCGGCUACCAAACGUGACCGCUGCCUUGGCUUUCUCGCUGUUUUUUCUUCGCUACCACUCUUCCCCCACUCUCUCGAUCCGAUUGCGAUUAGGGUUCCAAAAUCUCCUCUUCCAUUGAUCCACUUCGCUUUAAAGUUCUUGAUUGCUUACGAUGGAUUACGAGCAGCGGGCAAAGGUAUUCCAAGACCACAAAUCUUUCAGCAACUCCGGAGGAGGCAUCUCCGAAUUCAUCGUCCCCCACCUCCUCAAAUUAUAUGGAUCGCGUGCCACGGCACGAGACUUUGAAAUCUACGCUCCCAAUGCAACCUUUGAGGAUCCUCUCAUGUGCGCUCACGGAGUGAAGCAGAUCAAAUCCGCGUUUUAUUCACUCCCCAAGGUUUUCAGUGAAUCUAGGAUUGUUGAAUAUACAAUACAAGAAAAUGCAACUGGACCAGGAAAAGCCGAGAUUUUGAUUGAUAACAAGCAACAUUACAAAAUUUUCGGAAAAGAUAUCGAUCUAGUAUCACUUAUUAAGCUGAAAGUUGAAGGGGGGCAAGUUGUCCAUCAUGAAGACUGGUGGGAUAGGAAGCCUCUAAAGAACAGGGACACAACCAAUCUCCCUUUGGUAGGACGGCUAGCAGAAUAUACACGCAGGGGCUCAAUGCUAAUUACACAUGUCCUCAUGGGUUUUGGCAAAGAUCCAAGCCAUUGAAAUUUAUCUCCGGAGUACCAGACGUCAUGUUAGCUAAUCACUAGUUUUGCCACUGCCACUGUUGUGUGCAGCAGAUGCAAUCUGCAAAGUUCACAUAGAUUGGAUUGUAUGCAAAUGGUACUUCAGAAAGUAUUGCAGACUGGACUGUAAGGAAUAAAAGGUAAAUAUAUUCAUAUUGAUGAUCUUGAUUAGA